AUGGAAGCCGAUGGUCAGAAAUACUCUGUGCUUGCGAAAACACAAGUCCGUGAGAAGAUGAUGAAAGAAAUUGAACAGAUCUCGGAAGUCUUCUUGGUGUCAAAAUCGGAUGCAACCGUCAUCCUAAUUCGUCUCGGAUGGAACUCGUUUAAGGCUUCAGAUCUUCUUGGUGACAACAAGGAGAAGUUUCUGGCGAAGUUAGGGUUGGCUCGAGUUCUCAAUUCCAACUCUUCUUCAGCUGAUCGUGAGACGGGUGAUGGAGAUUACUUAGUCUCCACGCCCUUUUGCUCACACAAGUUUUCAACAACUUGCUGGAGUGAAUAUCUCAGCGAUGCUCUGAAGAAGAACAAGGAGCAGAGAGGACUCAUCUCUUGCCUUAGCCAAGACUGUGUCGCCUCUGUUGGACCCGAUACGAUCGAGCAACUCACAGAGCCAGUGAAGGAGAUGUACGAGAAUUAUAUUCUCGAAUCCUUCAUGGAGUGCCACAAGGCAACGAUCAAAUGGUGUCCUGCUUCGGGUUGUGAAUACGCCGUCGAGCUUCAGGAGGAUGGUAAUGAAGAUAAUGUCAUCAGUGUGGUCUGUUUGUGCGGCCAUACCUUCUGUUGGACAUGCGGGCUCGAGUCACACCGUCCGGUGUCUUGCAAAAAGGCAUCAAUUUGGUGGACGUACCUGUUGGAUCAGUCAAGAAGCAUUUCUUGGAUCCAUACAAACACCAAAAGUUGUCCCAAGUGCAAGAUUCCUGUGCAGCAGAAUGGUGAUCCUAAUUACAGACUCAUUAAUUGUAUCUGCAGUAAUAACUUCUGUUGGAUCUGCUUGCGCACGGAGGAACAGCAUCAGGGGAACUGGAAUUGUUCUCCAGUCGCUGUUCCAGCUGCGGGUCCUUCUACCGUUGAAUUCUCACAGAUUCUCCACCUGAAUCUGUGGGAGGCAGGUCAUGAAGCAUUGAAGAAGGCUAAGUCCAAGCUGAGAGCCUUAGAGGAAAAAAUCAUUCCGAAACUGAUCGAGAACUGCGGAGCGACCGAGCUGGACAUUAGGACAGUAAGAGAAGCAGGGAUGCUUAGUGUUCAGUGCAGGCAGGUACUGAAAUGGAGUUGCGUAUUUGAUUACUCUAUAAUCGAGUACGAAAGCACGAAGAAGCAGUACCUGAAACACCUCCGAGCUCUGGCGAGCACAAUGCUUUGUAUGCACGAAGGGAAGCUUGAUGAGUUGAUACAUCUAGCCCUCUCACCUGAAGAUUUCACUAACUAUAAGCACAAGUUGGAAAUCAGUACAACAUGCACUGGUAACCACUUCGAUGGAUUCAUCAAGGAACUGGAAGAUGGUAAGCCUGAAGUGAAGGCUGAUGGUUACGAGAAUGAACCAGGCAGUCGCUGGUUCUGUGAUAGGUGCACGUUUGAGAACAGCUGGGUUGAUAAACAGUGCAAGAUGUGCUUUUUCCCCCUGGACUAUCAUCCUUCUCCUCAAGUGGCAGCAGCUCCUGAAGACCUUGGAAAAUCGGAGUGAGAGUGAGUGAUGAGUAAAGGAUAAGUCUCAUCAGUGAUUGAUGCUGGUUUCGUUUGGUGUUUUAGCUUCUCUUGUGUUGUUUUGUGUUUAAGAGUCUCCUUUGUUUCUCUUUCUCCUCUCUGUGUUGGAU